AUGUUCGUCCGCAUUUCUGUCCUUGUCUUAACAGUCAGUCUGGGUUGCUUGGCUGCCCCCGUAAUUCCUGGCAUUGAAGAUCUCAACCUUCCUUCUUUCACUAAAGAAGAAACCCAUUCUGAGAAGUUUACACGUUCUGAUAUGAACAAAGACAAGAAGCUCAACUUUGAUGAAUUCUUGCACAUGGAAUUGGCUUACGUUGAAGCCAAGAAAGAAGAAUUCGAAGGCCUCGAUUCAAACCACGAUGGUAUGAUAACACAAGAAGAGUAUGAGAAGCAUCAUCAUGAAGUCAACAGCAAGAGUGCCGCUCUUCGUGCCGAGUACUUCAGCAAAGUUUUUGAAGAGUUCGAUGAAGACUUCGAUAUGGCUUUGAACCAAGAAGAAGUUGAGAGAGUUUUGGCUGAAAGAUUCUUGGUUAAACCAAAAGAGAACUUCCCAAAGAUCUUCUACAAUUUCGAUUCUGACCACAGUGGGGGACUUGACCUUUCAGAAUACAUGAAAUUCGAUGCUAACUUCCCAUUCGACCAAACCACUGCCAUCAAAGACGAGAUUAAGCAAGAGAAGCUCCCAGGAGACAAAGCAGUGAAGAAUGAUGCUCCACUCCCUGAAUCAGCUGAUGAAGCUGCUAUCAAGGCAGUGCUUGCCCAAUCAGGUGCCAGAAGAGCAGCUGCAGUAGCAUAA